AUGACGAUGUCACCUGCAAGCAAGCUGUUCUUCGUGGUGGCGCUGGGCCUCGCUCUCGCAGCCACGGCGGCCAUCGCCGACGGCAAGAUGAGGAACGACGGAGGACCGUGCAAGGGCGGCUACUGGCCCGACGGCAAGGGCUGCUGUCCUGAGCUCAUCAAUGGCAAGGCCUACUACCGCGACGGCAACAAGUGCUACCCCAAGGACGUCGGCUGCGGCGUCUACUACGCUGACGGCAACGGGUUCUACCCGGACGAGAAGGGCAACUACCUGAAGGCCGGCGAGUCGUGCUCGUGGGAGCGCAAGUGCCACGAGCGCUGCAUCCGCCCCGACGACCACAAGACCACCACGACCACGGAGGAGUGCCCCAAGGAGACCACCACGACCAAGAGGCACACCACCACGACCACGGAGGAGUGCCCCAAGGAGACCACCACCACCAAGAAGCGCACCACCACCACGACCGAGGAUUGCCCCAAGGAGACCACCACGACCGAGAGGCGCACCACCACCCCCAAGCGCACCACGACCACGACCGAGGAUUGCCCCAAGCACACCACGACGACUGAGGAGUGCCCCCAGGAGACCACCACCACCAAGAGGGAGACCACGACGACCGAGAGGCGCACCACCACCCCCAAGCACACUACCACGACUGAGGAGUGCCCCAAGGAGACCACCACCAAGAGGCACACCACCACGGAGGAAUGCCCCAAGGAGACUACCACGACCAAGAAGCACUACACCACGUCGACCACGGAGGAGUGCCCCAAGGAGACCACCACCACCAAGAAGCACACCACCACGACCGAGGAUUGCCCCAAGCACACCACCACGACGACGGAGGAGUGCCCCAAGGAGACCACCACGACCAAGAAGCGCACCACGACGACGACCGAGGAGUGCCCCAAGGAGACCACCACCUCCAAGAAGCACACCACCACCACGACGGAGGAGUGCCGCAAGACCACGACCGACAAGCCGUGCGAGGACGACAAGAACAAGAAGUGCCCCGGCGGCCAGUGGAAGGACGGCCACGGGUGCUGCCCGCGCAAGGUCGGCCGCGAGUGGCACUUCCGCGACGCCCAGGGCUGCUACCCGAUCGAGCUCGACUGCGGCGUGUUCUACGCCGACGCGCAGGGCUGUUAUCCGGACGAGCACGGCAAGUACCUCAAGGCCGGCGAGUGCUGCCCCGACCACCGCAAGUGCUGUCCCGAGUGCGAUGGCGCCUACUAG